AUGGCGGUUGGAAAGAACAAGAGACUCUCCAAGGGCAAGAAAGGUCUCAAGAAGAAGACCGUCGACCCAUUCUCCCGCAAGGACUGGUAUUCGAUCAAGGCUCCCAGCUCCUUCAGCGUUCGAGAUGUCGGCAAGACCCUCGUGAACCGCACGACUGGCCUUAAGAACGCAAAUGAUGCUUUGAAAGGCCGCAUUGUCGAGGUCUCCUUGGCCGAUCUACAGAAGGACGAAGAGCAUUCUUUUCGCAAGGUUCGCCUUCGAGUGGAUGAGGUUCAGGGGAAAAACUGCCUGACCAACUUCCACGGGUUGGAUUUCACGUCCGACAAGCUCCGAUCUCUUGUUCGCAAGUGGCAGACUCUUAUUGAGGCCAAUGUCACCGUCAAGACAACCGACGACUAUCUCAUCCGCCUUUUUGCAAUCGGAUUCACUAAGCGACGCCCUAACCAGAUCAAGAAGACUACCUACGCCGCAUCUUCGCAAAUUCGUGCCAUCCGACGCAAGAUGACUGAUAUCAUUCAGCGCGAAGCUUCCAGCUGCACUCUUACUCAGUUGACAUCAAAGCUGAUUCCCGAGGUUAUUGGUCGCGAGAUUGAGAAGUCCACCAUUGGCAUCUAUCCCCUGCAAAACGUGCAUAUUCGCAAGGUGAAGCUUCUGAAGGCCCCCAAGUUUGACCUGGGUGCGUUGAUGGCUCUCCACGGAGAGUCGGGGACGGAUGAUCAGGGCCAGAAGGUUGAGCGAGAGUUCAAGGAACGAGUUUUGGCUGAGGUUUAA